AGGGUCUAUUGAAUGAAUUAGUUUCCGGCCUGUUUAGAUUCUCAGCUGCAGUGUUUUACCCCGAACUCUUUCUCCUAUAUAACCAACCCAUCCCCAACACAAAGGGAAAAAACAGCCCAUCUUUUGAAUUUUGGAGCCAUGGUUCCCUUUCAGCCACUCCCUUCUUCUCUGAACGACAAGAGAGUAGCAAUUCGAGAUCCUACAGAUCCUUUGGCAAAGAAGAGGAAAUGGGAAGCUCAAUUGCCACCGCCACCGCCGCCGCCACAAAAUUCCAUAUUCGAUAUCGAGCUUCACCUCGAAACUCCGCUACCUUCCGACUGGCAGAGAUGCCUUGACAUUCAGUCGGGGAAGAUACACUUCUACAACACGACGACUAAUAAGAGAACAUCAAAGGAUCCAAGAGACCAAAUCGAUAAAAAUGACGAUGAGGAGGAAGACGACGACGACAUGAGUUUGGACCUAGAACUAAACCUGACAUGUGACUCGCUCGACAAGAACAGUAACCAAACGCAAGGCGGCCGCCAAGACCUAAAUGGUUUGUUUGGGUCGUCGGAAAAUUAUAGUAAUCGGAAGGAGAUGGUGG